UUGAGCGCUCACCAAAACAUCCAGCGAAGAGAAAACAGAAAGUCGAAAAAAACACAAAUAACUAAGAAUUGGAAGAUGGCACCGAAAGCCAAAUCGAGAGAGGCGAUCGUAGCCAGCUUAACGAAGUACUUUAAACAUGAUUCCUUCAAGAGUGACUUACAGAGACGAGCUGUUGAGGCUGUUGUACAUGGAGAUCAUGACGUGUUUGUGUCGAUGCCAACGGGUUCUGGCAAGUCCCUUUGCUACCAGUUACCAGCAGUUAUGUCCGAGGGACAAGUGGCCAUUGUCGUUUCCCCUCUUAUUGCCCUGAUUAAGGAUCAAAUGGAGCAUUUGCAGAAACUGAAGAUUGUUGCAGAAUCUAUCAACUCCAAAAUGACAAGCAAAGAGCGCAAGAGAGUGCUUGCUGAUCUCUCUUGCAUGUCCCCAAACACUCGCCUUUUGUACAUUACGCCUGAACAGGCUGCAACAGAUUUUUUUAAGGGUCUCUUAGAUAGGCUGUACAAGUACAAAAAGCUCUCAUAUUUUGUGGUGGAUGAGGCCCAUUGCGUGAGUCAGUGGGGGCAUGAUUUCAGACCAGACUUUCUUCGCUUGGGACAUCUGAGAACCAAGAUUCCCAAUAUUCCUUGGGUGGCACUGACUGCUACAGCCACAGCUAGAGUUGUAGAAGACAUCUUCAUGCAACUGAAGCUCAAGAAACCAGUAUCUAAGUUCAAAUCAUCUUGCUUUCGCUCCAAUUUGUUUUACGAUGUGCGAUUCAAAGAUGCCCUAGACGACCCUUUCGAGGAUCUCAAGGAUUUUGUCAUCCAAUCCUUGGGGGUUGGUUGGGAGCAAAAUCGGACGAUACGAUCAGGGUGUGGCAUUAUCUAUUGUCGCACAAGAGCAGGUACCAUUGAGCUUGCAGACCAACUUUCCAAGAAAGGGGUCCUAACCAAGGCCUAUCAUGCAGGUCUGAAAGACAGAGAAAGGUCGCAAGUGCAGGAAGACUGGAUGGACGGAAAGGUGCCUGUCAUCACAGCAACUGUCUCCUUUGGCAUGGGGGUAGACAAGGCUUCUGUGAGGUUUGUUGUCCAUUGGAGUGUGCCACAGUCCAUGGCUGGCUACUACCAGGAGUCUGGACGAGCUGGUCGUGAUGGACUACCCUCGCGGUGUAGAAUAUAUUAUAGCAAGUCGGAGAGAGACACUAUCUUUUUCCUGCUAAGACAGGAUGAAGGGAAAGCAAAAGCAUCAGGCAAGACAAACAAAGAAGACCAAGCCAAAAUUGCUAUAAAGAAUUAUGAGUAUAUGGUCAAGUUCUGUGAGGUCCCAAUCUGCAGACACCAUUCCUUUGCCAAGUUUUUCGGUGACGAUAAACCCGAUUGCAAGAAGAGGUGCGAUUACUGCACCAACCCGCGUGCUGUCGAUAAGCUGGUAGAGCAGUGGAGCGCCUCCCUCAUUCGCAAGUCAAAUUAUCGGUUUGGGGCAGUGGCAGUGUUUGAGGAUAGCUACGAUGAGGACUUGUAUGGCGGCGGGAGAAGGGGGCAGAAAAG